AGCAGUUACGCCGCACAGUACUGUCCAUAUCCAUGAUUGCAUCAAUUACUUUAAUCGGUAGAUGUCGCUUGUGAGCGGGGAGUGUUGAUUUCAGUGAUGACAGCAUCAACACGCUGUAUUGAAACAAAUGAAGUUUGAUAUCACAACGACUGAACCGUUGUGAAAAUUGAUAAUAUUUCAACCAAAUCCUUAUCCCUUUUUUUUGUGAUGUAGUUGUGUAACCAUUUACCAGCAGAGUAACGUUGCUCACAGAAUCCCGACAAAUAUCCAAUAACCUCUUGGCGUUUUUAUUGCCACAGGGACGUUCCAUGUUCAACAAAUGAUCUGACAACUUGGUGGUUUGUGACUCGAGUUGUUUGAUAAUUUUCCAUUCAAAAUUUUCCUUUCACACAUCUUACGAGGGUGUUGUUAUCAUUCUUAAGUUUAGCGGGACAGAGCAACGGUUUACCCCUUCACCACUUGUACCUGAGAUAGCAAUUGUCAGACGUCAACUCAUCAUCAUUUUUCACCACUCAAAAAUCCGGUAGGUCGAAAAAGCGCAUAUUCAUUAAUUGGCCUGAUUGGAAUUACAGGAUUUAAUGCCAAUUGAUAACGAUUUGGGGUGUAUCAGAAUAUCCAGCCAACUUUUGAAGAAGGAUGUCCAAGCUGGAAACAUUCAAGUUGCCGGACCAGGACACUCGGCUCAUCAGGUGCAACAACACAGUCUACAAGUUCAAGCUGCAGUAUAGGGAUGGGUCCAACAGACUUCCCUGUGAUGUUGCCACCAUGCAGCAGGAGAUGGAGCAUGUGGUCCGUUGUCUUUUACAAAUCAAGGAAAGCUUACAUCCUGUUCGUACCGACCACUUCGUCAUCUAUCCAUACAAAAGGCCCUGGGGGACAGCAAGAAAGCUUAAGUUCUACCAAGGUCAGAGAGAGCUACAGGCCUACCCAUAUGUGCUGUAUGUGUAUGUAGAACCUACAUGUAAGAUAGCCCAGGUACAGAGGUCUUCACCAGACCCAAUAUGUCCAGCCGUGGAUGAUGAUAUUCAUGGAACAAGUGCUGUUGCUGAUGAUGACAAGCUUGAGGGAGUUGAUGAGGGGAGUGAGACACACAAGAGAGAUAAACCUAGGCUGACCCAGGCUAACAUCAAUGAAGUUUUGAACACAGAAUAUGGACACCUCUUCAUACCACCUCCCCCAAAGAAGGUCAAAAGGAAACAUAUAAGACAGACAGAAAGAUCUGUGAGGACUCAAGAACAUGAAGCAGUUGACCAGAGUAAGGAACUACCCGUGACUCAGGCAGAUGAGACACCUCCAGGUCCAAGCAGUGCCCCAGCCCCCAGUACCAGCAGGAAGGCCUACAGGCUGGGGAGGAGACACAGGUCGGUGGACACCCCCAUCAGUGGACGUCCCAGGAAGAUCCAUCUGCACUCCCGCCCAGACCGCCAUGCCAUUGAGUCUUUCCAGCUGGCCGAACAGCAGCGGCUGCAGCAGCUAGCCUGUCCCACAUCCACCAGGAGCACUGCCUGUGACCCGGAGCAGGACACACAGCCUGCACACGCACAGGAGAUGUCUGUGGUAGGGUCUUUCCUCAGAAUGCUCAUCAACCCUGCUAGACAACUGUUCAGAGGACAUGAUACCAGCUAAGGAGAGGAAUCCUGUGACAGAAGAAACCCCUGUUUCUACCAGUGUUAUUGCUUAGACUAAAGAAAUACAUAUCUAUAUUCUACUAUAGAUGUUCUGACUGGCAAAGUGCAGGUCUCCUUACUGUCCAAGAAUAUUUUUUUUCAAAGCCAGUACAGAAGUAAAUAUUGAGCUGAGUUACAUGUUUUGGAAGCAUCUUUUAAUUUCUGUCAAUGGAGCUAAUUGUUUUGCAUUAUAUACUAGUAUAUAGAAUCUUGAUGUCUAUUUCAGACUCGGAACAAAGGAAGAGUAGCUGGAGUUAUUGUAGUUGCAUAUAUUCUGUGGAAGUGUUCCUGAUAAAAGGAUUCUACUACAUAGUAGUUCGGU